CGCCAAGUUUCGACUUUGACUAUUGUCCUCUUUCUUCCUGUCUCUCUCUCUCCACCGCCUUUUUCAGUGUUGUGUUCCGUCUGAUUGAGUUUUGGCCUUCGAGGAUUCGGGCGAUUUCCCUUCUUCUUACUCAACUGUAAGUCACAAUUUCUCCUACGUUUUGGCUUUCAUGUUUGGUUAUACUGCCGGUUGAAUUUUAAUUUUUUUUAUUUUUUAUUUUAAUUUUCCGUUGUUUCUCUUAUCUUUCCCGAUUUCAUGGCUACCAAUGUUUUUUUUUCUUUUUGAUUUCCGGAGAUGAGGGAAAGGGAAGGAAAAUGCCUUAAAUGCACAGGAGAGGGAGUAUUUUGGGAAAUUUUCUUUUUCUUUUUUCUGUUCUUUCCGAGAACAAUAACCAAAUGGAGCCGAAUACUUUUUUUAAAUAAAAUAAUAAUAAUUUUCCUUUCUUCUUUUUCCUGUUUUUCUGCUAAAUAUAUUAUGAGGAGAUUUGCUAUCUGUCUGAAUUGCCUUUCCAAAAAAAAAAAUUUCUUACGUAUUUCCUCUGUGGUGAGCUAUGCUUGAUCUGCUCUGACUGAUGCACGGGGAAAACUUGAUUUUUCAGGAUCUUGAAUUGGUAUUGGCGAAAGGAUACUGGCAAAUAGUUUGAAGGAAAAGGAAAAAGCAGUAUGCGGUGGUGGUUAAGUCUCUCUGUAGAUGUUUUUCGGAAAGUUGUGUCUUUGAACCUGUAUUGUAGAGUAAUUCUGUAAUUUCUUUGAUCUAGACCCUUGAAAAUCCUUUAACUUUGAUACUAUACCCCCCAUAUGGGAUCCAAUCUCUUUGUCGUCCUUCCCUGCUAUGUACGCAGGAUUAGCUGAACAUAUUCAAACCCAUUUCUUGAAGUUUUCGUUCCAGACCGUUGUCCUUUUUUUCUCCUGAAAUUUUCGUUCCAGACCGUUGUCCUUUUUUUCUCCUCUGCACUACUCGGGAUCUGCUGUUGAUUUUCAUCUGGGAUCUGCUGUCGGUUUGCGUCUUUGAUCUGCUGUUGGGUUUUGUUUGUUGAUUGAUCGAUCUGUGUUUUACGGAACUUGUUGUUCGCCGGAAGAUAGUGUUGUUGUUUUACUAUUGAAGGGUCGGGACGUAGUUAUGGUGUGCCAAGCAGCGAGCCAAACAAGAUUUCGGGCAUUGAAACACGAGAAUGGGAUUGCUGGGAGCGCCACCAUUAUUGUUAGAGUUAUAGCAUGCUUUCAACCUUUACAGGAUUGCCAGGCUGAGUACUUCCGUCAUUUGCUUAAACCCGUUACGUAGAUUGAUUUCUCCCCUUCGCAUUUCAAGUUAAGCUGGAGUUUUUAGUUUUUUUCUUUAUUCCUGAAAGAGACAACAAGUGAUCAGCAACCUGUAAUUGCGCUUCUGGUGAUCGUCUUGGUUUGAUGGAAAAGGACUGUGGAUCCUGGCUUCCCCAUCAGCAUCCUGGCUGGCUGUCACCCGAUUUGAAUACUUUGAGUGCUCCACUGGGGCUUGAACUGGAGCAGCAAAAUAUUAUUUCUGCUUACAUGAACCCUUGCCCCAAUUUGGUUCCCACAAGUGGGUCUUUGACAGCGCACACAUUUUCUGUGCUGCCUCAUUCACGCCCCAGCCAACCAAAUGAACCUCAUGGAUGGUUUUACUGUUUGCCCCGUUUCCGGCAGGCCUUCACACAUGCAUCCAAUUCCAUUCUAAAAGAGAAACUCCCUGCCGGCCCUUAUGGGAACUCUAGGGUGGUCAACGCACCCAAUGUUAUCUCUGAGUGUGCUCAGAAGAGAUUCCUUGUUUUUGAUCAGUCAGGUGAUCAAACAACAUUGGUUUUUAGUUCUGUGAUUGGUACUCCUGGCCAGUGCUUGACUUCUUGGAGCCCAAAACCUUCUGGUGCUCAUAAUUUGAGUGGGGGAGAGGAAGGAACAAAACGAGAUCUGAUUUAUCACCAGGGACCAAUUCUGACUGAUGAAUCUAAUGAAAAUGGUGGAACUGAUGUGCAGAGUGAGAUGCAUGAGGAUACAGAGGAGCUCAAUGCCUUGCUCUAUUCGGAUGAUGAAUACAGUUACUCUGAAGAUGAUGAAGAAACAAGCACUGGUCAUUCACCUAGCACAAUGACUGUGUAUGAUAGACAAGAAUGGCUUGAGGGGGAAGCAGAAGAAGUCGCUAGUUCGGAUGGGUCAAAUAAGAGGAGAAAAUUAUUCAACGGAGAUUUUAAUGUACCAUCUCUUAUGGACACUGCAAGUUCUGCAAAGCCCGACAAUUCCCUCGAGUAUGAGGAUGAUGCUGAAUCUAGUUGCGCCGAUGGCAACAAUCCAGAGCCAGGAGAAAUUCAAUCUUUUUCAGGCAACAAGAGGUCGAGGAAAGACAGAAUACGUGAAACAGUGAACAUUCUCCAGAGCUUGAUUCCUGGCGGGAAGGGCAAGGAUGCAAUUGUGGUCCUUGAUGAAGCUAUCCAUUACUUGAAAUCAUUGAAGCUCAAAGCGAAAGCUUUAGGACUUGAUACUCCUUGAGCUACAGUUUGUCUUGCCAGUAGUACUAGUAAUAUUGUUUGGCAUUAUUAGUAUUAGAAGAUGUUCAUGGUUGCCCAGAAUAAGUUAGGUAAACAUGGGUUGGAUGUGGAUUUUUGCAAGAUGAUGAGUUUCCAGCAUAAGGGCUUGAAAUUGGAAAUAGUGGAGAAAGAGCCCGAACUGUGCCGAAUCUGAAUCUUUUCUUCCAUGAUUGAGCUGGAAAUCAGUAGCUUCGGCCUGUGAAAUUUCUCACUCUAGUCUCUAGAGGGUGAGGUGUGGUAAAAGGAGGAGCAGUAUAUUAUGUUCCAAUAAAAGGGAGAUUUUCAUCAUUAGAGUUAUGCCGUGGGGUUUAGAGAAAGUAACACUCGCACCUGAGCGUGGGGUGGUGGUUGUUGUGUGGAUGAGAAGACUGGUUAUCACAGAGGGACCAGGGAAAAGGAGAGUGCAACUCUGCUUAGGUGGAUUUGGGACCCUACUCUUUUACUUUCUCCCCUUUUUGUAUCCUUGUCAUGUUUUAAUCUUCAAUGGGGGUCAUCUUUUUCUGGUAUAUGGAAUUGCAUGAUGAAGGAGCCUUACUCUGUUUCAUCAUUCAUCGGGUGAAAGGGCCCCAAUACACCAUUCCUGCUCUCAUUCCUUGUUCCGCGCAUGUGAGCGAGAAAUUGCCACUUUCAUCUCCAUACCUAAAUUGAGCUUUUUCUUGUGAGGUGUGGUUGCUUUGUAACUAAUGGACCAAGGAAACGUUGAUAUGGAUGUGCAUGCUGCUAUAAUGGAAAUUGUCUUAGUUGUUGGUUUUGUUGGUAAAUGAUAGACGUUGUAAUGGUUUUGGUGGAUUGAUGAUGUUUAUUCAAUAUGGUUGAUGUUUGUUGUUGUCUU